UAAACUUUUACCAUCUGAGAUAUUGGAUCUGUGUUAGCUUCUUUAGCAUACAAGAUAAAUAUUGAUUGAUAAUAAAAAUAUCAUCUAGGUUAAUAAUAAAAAUAUGAGGCAGGCCAAAGUUAAACUAUUUUAUUUUCAUACAAAGAACAACAAAUUGGCAUUAUGUUAGAAGAAAAGGGAUUAAAUCUUGAGAAUGAAUACAUUUUGGUUGUUUAGGAUUGAUUCUGGUAAAACAGUGAGUCAGUGUAAGCUGUAAUAUUUUUAUGAUCGUUUUGACAAAUAUUUUGUCUUCCCUAAGGAUCUCUGAGUAACUUUAUGUAUUUAUUUAUUUAAAAAGGAUUUAGAAACCGUAUACAAUAUAGAAUAUCAGUUUGAUAAGUUAUGAAAAUGCUCACAGGAAUAUCAUAACCAGGAAAACCUGAUAAACAGUGCAAUUAUUUUUGUAUAUCUUAACACAAACUGCUCAAAGACAGAAGUCGGUUGGUGUGAGCAAUUCCGCAAUAAAGGCAUUUCCGUCUUCUACAAGAGUCUGGCAUCAGAUAUAUACAGGCUGUGGUUUUGCUUUAACUCGCACGUACUGCGCAUGCGCCGGAAAUACUAUAAAUACUAUAAUUUAGUGAGAUAAAUAACAUACAGUCAUACGACCAUACAAUAACUUUACACUCAAAAAAAUUUUUGUUUCUAUGGAUGUUUUUAAAGGUUUUUUUUUAUUGUAGGAGAUACUGUGAAGUGGUGAGUGAAGGAAAGGUAAAUCAGAAGUGAAUAUUUUACAAUAAGGUUUAAAGUUAAGGCAUAAUGCUUUGUGUAUAUGUGUUGUUUUCCCAUCAUGCAAAUAAAGAUCAGGGCAUCCUCUAAGCUAUUGCCAGAAACUACUGAAUGAGAGAAAACCUUAACUACAGAAAUGUUACAUAGACGAAAGAAUACAAUCAAGAUACUGAAAUUUGAAUCCAGAAUUAUUUAGUAUAAGGACAGAAAUAGAAUAAAAAUUUGAGAGAGAUUCUUCCUCUUCUUGGCAAAAAGAGCAGAAUGGAGAAAGAUUUUGGAUUAAUUUACUUAAAUUCUUGUUGCGUGGACAAUAAUGAUGAAUUAUUUAAAAAAUGAAUUUGAUCACAUUUUUAUUAUUUUUAUCUGACAAGAAUUUGUUUGCACUGUCCAUACCUUCUGAAAAUUAACAUUUGGGUAAAGUGCAACCACUUUCCAGAAGCUUUAUGGAAAGACAGUGUUGCCAGGUCCUCCGUUUUGUCCAGAUUUAGGCUACUUUAUACACUGUUGGAGCGGGUUAUUUUUCAUGUCCGCCGGUUGAAACGAUCCCAAUAACGAGAUAUUUCGUCCCUGGAAAACGCAUUUUACCGGGGAAACCCCGCGUAUUUUACCCAUAGGCUGUAUUAAAACAGAUUUUACCCCAGGAACCCGGUUAGUUUAGUUUGGAGAAGAAUUGUGUGUUUUGUUGGCGAAACCUGGCGACCCUCCUAAAGGGGGUGUGGCUUGAUACCAGAACUUACUUGCAUAUCUCCAGGUCAGUCAGACUUAACAGUUACCUCGGCUGCUCGGUUUUCUGCUUCUGAGUUAAUAUUGUUACAGUAGUAAAGUUAUAUAUUGUAGGUUUUCUAUAUAGUUAUACAGUGUAGCAGAACGCGAAUAAGAUGAGGUUCUUAAGCCUCCUCUUAGUGUCAGCGGUGUCAGUCGUUUUUUGUGUUGCUGAGCUGAAGUUGGAGGCAACUGCUGGAGAUAAUGUCACUAUAUCCUUCAGAACUGCUGAACUGGAAGGAGCCGAUAAAGUGAGGAUAAUUUUUACAAGAGACGAUCAGAAAAAGUUGAUUGCGCACUACUUCUGUUUCCAUCACGGAGACUGUCAUGUCGAGGAAAGAGCAGGAGUCUCACUGAGAAUUGAAGAAGGGGUCUUUACUCUUCUUAAUGUCAGCUCUGAAAGCUCAGGUCUCUAUGAAGCACAAGUGUUCAACGGAAAAGAUGUUCCUAAGAAGACUGUUACUCUUGUCGUCAAACCACAAAUAUCCUCCAGUAGAUCACCUCCACAAACCUCCACCUCACAACCUCCACAAACCUCCACCUCACAACCUCCACAAACCUCCAUCUCUGAACGCAGAAGGAUAUAUGCAUUGAUCGCUCUAGUUCUGUUCUUGGGGGUCUUGGGAGUUUUAGGAGUUUGUUUCUUCUAUAAAAACAUGAGGACUGCGCAUCUGCAAAAAACGAACGGGAAAGAAAUUGUAGUGACCGUGUAGCAGAAGAGACUGAAGCUCGUGACUUGAUUUUGAGUGUCUUUAACACAAGCGAUGUUUCACUUCCUCCUGAACUGAACCAGAAAACUAGAAAACCACAUUUAGUUUUUUGAUCUUGGAGAAUAGACAAGUCAAAAAAUUAGACUUUGUUUCAUAUCAGAAGUAAGAAAGAACCUGGCAACCCUUGCUUGAACUUUAUAAAUUACUGUCUGUUUUGUUUAUUAUUAGUGUUUUAUUUCCUUAAAUUAGAUGCAUGUCUGUUCUGAAAGCUCCUGACACCGAGAUGAAUUCCUUGUGUGUGUAAACACUUACCAAUGAAGCUCUUUCUGAUUCUGAGAGUGAGAAUGAAGCCUUCGAGGACAAACUAUCAGAUGCACUUAUUUAUUCUGCAUCAGAAGAUCCCAUAAUAUUAUCAGGGUAUGAUUUAGUUUCUGGUCAGAUUGCUGAAACUGAUGCAGACUGUAGCUUUAGAUUCACAAGUGCUUUCUAGUUUUGUGUGCAAUAUAAAUCAAAUGGCAUAUAAAAAUUAUACUAUUUAUUCACUCAAAAGUAAAAAGAUUUAUCUGUAUUCCCUUGUGCACAUAUUUAUUUUUAUAAAUGUAUUGUCAUUUUUCAGUAUCUUGUCAAUGUGGAUUUGUCAAAGUCUAUCUCUGCAUUAUAAUGUUGUCUUUGUGUGCCACAUCUUUCUUACAACUUUAACUGGUGUUUUUUCAUCUGUUUUGUUAAAUAAUAAUAAACUAAUUUAACUCUGCCA